CUAGUGGAGCAAUCAGUAUUAACCUCACAACUGGUCGCCGGUGUAACAGAAAUUUGAGAAACAGUAGCCUACAGCCCACCAGUAAUACGGGGAACUAAGAAAAUCGCGCGUAGAAGAUGGAUGUUUGAAGGAGGGAAGCUGCCAACUAGGAGUGGACUGGUCGAUAAGAACUGACGUCGGUGGAAUCUUCAUGAUUCAUUCGGAAUACAGAUGCACUCGUCCAUGCGGAAACGUCAGAACUCUGCAAUGCAAGCAUCUUUUUUGUCUAGGCGCGGGUGCAGGGAUCUGGAGAGCUCUCUGCCCAGACACUUCCACCUGGACCUGUGGCUCUGCUUCACACUGCAGAACUGGCUGCUGGACGUAGGGAGGCCUGUGGUCACGCUUCUCCUCCCAGUUGAAUGGUUCCCCCUGAACAGGCCCAGUGCUGGAGAUUAUUUCCACAUGGCUUAUAAUAUCAUCACUCCCUUCCUGCUCCUCAAGCUGAUCGAGCGCAGCCCCAGGACCCUACCCUGCGCAGCUGUCUACCUGUGCAUCAGCACCUUCGUCAUGGGCGCCAGCCUGCACCUGGUGGGGGACUCCGUCCUCCAGCGCCUGCUGCUGGGUGGAUACCAGCUCCACCUGUCCGUCCGGGAGAACCCCAUCAUCAGGAACCUGAAACCGGCCUCUCUGAUAGAGUCAUUUGAACUUCUGUAUUAUUACAAUGAAAAUCUCGGCCAUUCGAUGUGGUUCGUUCCCUUGUUCCUCAUCCUCUUCCUCUACUUCACCGGCUGUUUCACCCUAGCCAGCGAGGAGAGGCUGAUGCCGGCUGCGGCCUGGGUCAUGCUCCCUCCCAGCGCGCUCUACUACUGGUACCUGAUCACCCAGGGCCAGAUCUUCAUCCUCUUCAUCUUCACCUUCUUUGCCAUGACCGCCACGGUGAUGCACCAGAAACAGAAGGGCUUGGUUCCAGACAGCAACGGCCUCUUCCUCCUCUCCAGCUUCUCCGUGGCUCUGGGGCUGGUGGCCGUCUGGGUGGCCUGCCUGUGGAGUGACCAGGCCCUGAGGAAGAAGCACCCUGGAGUGAUCUAUGUCCCUGAGCCCUGGGCCUUCUACAGCCUCCACAUCAGACAGCAGCACUAGUUAUCCCUCCUA